CCUCCACGGCCAGUAAAUCAGUACUCCGAGAGACUGAGCAACGCAACCAGCUGAGCCAAUUCUACUGAGCUACUACCCUUGCCGCUGGCUAAUUAUAGUCAAUCGUAGCUGAACUCUCGCCGCGACAGCACGUUGUUUGACGCGUUUUCCACAACGUUUGAUAAAGAGAAAAUCUAGUGCGCGCGCGAUUUACGCACCCGUGACCGAGACCCGCGUAGGGAAUUUGCAUACGCAACCGAGGACACGCCUAACCGCUGCUAGCGUUCUUCUCUGGGGAUUGAAAAGCAAUAAUUUUCCAACGAUCAUCACCCGGUGACAGCCGAAUGCCGAAAAAAGUGAAUCAUGUGCGACAAACGGUGCCGUUCUGCUUCAAAUAAGUGGCUAUGAUCCGAUCCUCACACAGUGAUUGAUGAUGCCGAAAACCGUCGUCGAAGGGAAUUAAAUGUUCUUUGUGAAGAAUUCUUCAGAAGAUGAAAAAAUGAGUUUUGAGUUAUUGGUUUAUUGUUGUUGGGAGCUUUCGUGUGUCCCUCAGGAUCAGUGAAAUAUGUGCUCUGAGACUUCGUUUGUUAUGCGUCCGUCAUUCGCCGUUGUUGUGCAAAAGGUCUAAUUAUAUUUUAAUUAAUUAAUUACGCUACAUUUUAAUAGCAACGGGCUGCGGGCAGCAACGACAGAAGGAAUCAGAAAAUUUACACUGGCGACAAAUUUCAGUGCUCGAUUUCGACCGCCUGCAAACAAGUGGACCCAACGAAGCGUGUACCUACACAGCUUGUGUGACGACCGACAACGCAUCAGAAAUUGCAACCAGGGGAACCGCAUGUACGCGAGCGAGUGCGCCCAAGUUCAAACCACCAGCAGAUCAGUUGCGGUAUUAGAGGAAAUUUCGCACAAACACGCGGUAUUCAACGAUAAUGUGUUCUGAAAACGGUUUCGAAGGAUGCUGAAGAAGAUUGGCCUGGCGGAGUGUGGUUAAUGUCUCGUGUUGCUUGAAACUGGCAAUUUUCCGCUUUUGUGCCAGUGAAAGUGUAUCGUUACUUACCUACGAAUGCCACAGGAAUCCUGUCGAGUGUUCAUCUCAGUUUGAUGUGCAUGUAACAACGUUCUGGCAGACGACGAAAGUGCAAUGUGAACUACUUAAAAAGAAUAGCUAUUGAAGUUUCACAAUAGCUUCCUGAAGGUUAAUAAGUGUUUAGAAAAUGUAGUUCAGUUGAUAAAUUAAAAAAGCAAAUAAGGGAAAAAAUGUAUUGUAACAGAUGCAGCUUUCGGAGUCACCAUGCUUUCUGGAUAUUACUUCUAUUAUAUGUUAUGAAGUUUGAUCUGACCGAUGGCAUGUACUACUCAAAUCAUCAACGGAUAGAAGAGAUUUCGAAGCCCAUUCCACAACCACCGGAUCCUCACAUAAUAGCAUCAAUGUCGAAAAACGCCACAGUUCGGCGGGGUGAUCCGGCCUUUCUGAGUUGCGUUGUGGAAAAUCUGGGCAAGUACACGGUAUCCUGGAUAUCGCAAAGGGACCUGCGGAUCCUCACAAUCGAUCGCAUCACCUACACGGCGGACGAAAGGUUUCAGUCUCUCCACAAUGCCGACACAAACAAGUGGAUUCUGCACAUCAAAUGGACCGAACGGAAAGACACCGGUAUCUACGAGUGCCAGAUUUCCACGAUGCCCGUCAGGAGUUUGGCGCUCUAUCUGAUCGUGCUAAAUGACUCUGAGCUGGUGAGACGACAAGAUGAUAUUCUCUACGAUCUACCGGUGCCUACUAGUCUACCGGAAGCCAAACGAAACAGCUCUAGUGGCAAUAAUUACAGCAACGGUGACAUCUACAACCGGAUGUACGCGGAUAGAGGUAAGUGUAAUGAGGAGGUAAACAUAGGAUAUGUUUUGGAUCAUCCUAUAAAUAUGUACUGUUUACUGAAAUCGCCUGAGGGCUCACCACAUGUUUGUCGUGAUUGAGAAGGUCGCAAGCUUUUUCGUAAUCAACGAACACCAGGUAGAGAG